AUGUGGAGACGGAAAUAUCCGAGCACAUCCGGAGGAACCCGGGGAGUUCUGAGUGGUAAUCGAGGGGUAGAGUACGGCAGUGGGCGGGGUCACCUGGGUACGUUCGAAGGGCGUUGGCGGAAAUUACCGAAGAUGCCCGAAGCCGUCGGGACGGACCCGAGUACCUCACGCAAGAUGGCGGAGCUGGAGGAGGUGACUCUGGACGGGAAGCCUCUUCAGGCGCUGCGAGUGACCGACCUGAAGGCCGCACUGGAGCAGCGAGGCCUAGCCAAGAGCGGGCAGAAGAGUGCCCUGGUCAAGCGGCUCAAAGGGGCUCUGAUGCUAGAAAAUUUACAGAAACACUCAACACCCCAUGCUGCAUUCCAGCCAAAUUCCCAGAUUGGUGAGGAAAUGAGCCAGAACAGUUUCAUAAAACAGUAUCUGGAAAAGCAGCAGGAGCUACUUAGGCAGCGUCUGGAACGUGAAGCUCGAGAAGCUGCAGAACUUGAAGAAGCUUCAGCUGAGUCGGAGGACGAGAUGAUCCAUCCUGAGGGAGUGGCUUCCCUGCUGCCUCCUGACUUUCAGAGCAGCCUGGAGAGACCAGAGCUGGAGCUCAGCAGACAUUCGCCCAGAAAAAGUUCCUCAAUUUCUGAAGAGAAAGGUGACUCUGAUGAUGAGAAACCAAGGAAAGGAGAAAGACGAUCAUCUAGGGUCAGACAGGCAAGAGCAGCUAAACUCUCUGAGGGCAGCCAGCCUGCUGAGGAGGAAGAGGAUCAAGAAACACCUUCCAGAAACUUGAGAGUCAGAGCAGAUCGAAGUUUGAAAACAGAAGAGGAAGAAGAGGAGGAGGAGGAGGAAGAAGAUGAUGAAGAGGAAGAAGAUGAUGAUGAGGGACAAAAAUCUAGGGAGGCACCAAUCCUGAAAGAGCUUAAGGAAGAGGAGGGGGAAGAGAUGCCCAGAGUAAAACCAGAGGAGAUAAUGGAUGAGAGACCUAAAUCAGUAAGAUCCCAGGAACAGGAGGUGUUAGAGAGAGGAGGGAGAGUUACAAGAUCCCAGGAAGAGGCUAGGAAAAGCCAUUUGGCCAGACAACAGCAGGAGAAAGAAAUGAAAACAUCUCCCCUUGAGGAGGAAGAAAGAGAAAUAAAAUCUUCACAAGGCUUAAAGGAAAAAUCAAAAUCCCCUUCCCCUCCUCGACUGACUGAAGAUCUAAAGAAGGUCCCACUUGUAGUGCAGCCAGAGCAAACUGCCAGCGAGGAAGAGACUCCUCCACCUUUACUUACCAAGGAAGCAUCUUCACCACCACCUCAUACACAACUCCAUAGCGAAGAAGAAGUAGAGCCCAUGGAAGGCCCAGCCCCCCCUGUCCUCAUUCAGUUAUCUCCUCCUAAUACAGCUGCUGAGACCAGGGAGCUGUUAGUAUCUCGGCAUACUGUCCAGUUGGUAGGAGGCCUGUCUCCUUUGUCAAGUCCUGCAGACACCAAAGCAGAAUCUCCAGCAGAGAAAGUGCCAGAGGAGAGUGUCCUCCCUCUCAUUCAGAGAAGCACACUGUCUGACUACUCGGCCUGGAAGAGUCUUGAACCUGAAUCAGACAGAUCUGCUCAGCCGCUCCCUCUGAAAAUUGAAGAGUUAGCACUGGCCAAAGGAAUCACUGAAGAAUCUCUGAAACAGCCAUCUUUGGAACAGAAGGAAGGCAGAAGAGCUUCUCAUACCCUUCCCCCAGGCCACAGAUUGAAACAGUCAGCUGAUUCAUCCUCUAGCCGGUCCUCCUCAUCUUCCUCUUCCAGUUCUAGAUCAAGGUCUCGCUCUCCUGACAGUUCAGGUUCUCAGUCUCAUUCACCUCUCAGAUCCAAGCAGAGAGAUGUAGCCCAGGCACGUAAUCAUGCCAACCCUCGUGGUACACCCAAGAUGGGCUCCAGAUCAACAUCAGAGUCCAGGUCACGUUCACGUUCACGUUCACGUUCACGUUCACGUUCACGUUCACGUUCUCGUUCUCGUUCAGCAUCAAGCAACAGCAGAAAAUCUCUGAGCCCUGGAGUCUCCAGGGACAGCAGCACCAGCUAUACUGAAACCAAAGAUCCCUCUUCUGGUCAGGAGGUUGCAACUCCACCAGUGCCACAACUACAGAUCCUUGAGCCAAAGGAGAGGACAUCGUCCUCCUCGUCCUCUGUCCAAGCAAGGCGUCUGAGUCAGCCUGAGCCAGCUGAAAAGCAUGUGACCCAGAGGUUACAGCCUGAGCGGGGGAGCCCAAAGAAGUGUGAAGCUGAAGAGGCAGAGCCACCAGCUGCCACACAGCCCCAAACCUCAGAGACUCAGACCUCUCAUCUCCCAGAAUCAGAAAGGAUUCAUCACACUGUUGAGGAGAAGGAGGAAGUGACCAUGGACACAAGUGAAAACAGACCUGAAAAUGAUGUUCCAGAACCUCCCAUACCCAUUGCAGACCAAGUCAGCAAUGAUGAUCGCCCAGAGGGCAGUGCUGAAGAUGAGGAGAAGAAAGAGAGCUCGCUGCCCAAAUCAUUCAAGAGGAAGAUCUCCGUUGUCUCAGCUACCAAGGGGGUGCCAGCUGGAAACAGUGACACAGAGGGGGGCCAGCCUGGUCGGAAACGACGUUGGGGAGCCAGCACAGCCACCACGCAGAAGAAACCUUCCAUCAGUAUCACCACUGAAUCACUCAAGAGCCUCAUCCCCGACAUCAAACCCCUGGCGGGGCAGGAGGCUGUUGUGGAUCUUCAUGCUGAUGACUCUCGCAUCUCUGAGGAUGAGACAGAGCGUAAUGGUGAUGAUGGGACCCAUGACAAGGGGCUGAAAAUAUGCCGGACAGUCACUCAGGUAGUACCUGCAGAGGGCCAGGAGAAUGGGCAGAGGGAAGAAGAAGAAGAAGAAAAGGAACCUGAAGCAGAACCUCCUGUACCUCCCCAGGUGUCAGUAGAGGUGGCCUUGCCCCCACCUGCAGAGCAUGAAGUAAAGAAAGUGACUUUAGGAGAUACCUUAACUCGACGUUCCAUUAGCCAGCAGAAGUCUGGAGUUUCCAUUACCAUUGAUGACCCAGUCCGAACUGCCCAGGUGCCCUCCCCACCCCGGGGCAAGAUUAGCAACAUUGUCCAUAUCUCCAAUUUGGUCCGUCCUUUCACUUUAGGCCAGCUAAAGGAGUUGUUGGGGCGCACAGGAACCUUGGUGGAAGAGGCCUUCUGGAUUGACAAAAUCAAAUCUCAUUGCUUUGUAACGUACUCAACAGUAGAGGAAGCUGUUGCCACCCGAACAGCUCUGCAUGGGGUCAAAUGGCCCCAGUCCAAUCCCAAAUUCCUUUGUGCCGACUAUGCCGAGCAAGAUGAGCUGGAUUAUCACCGAGGCCUCUUGGUGGACCGUCCCUCUGAAACUAAGACAGAGGAUCAGGGGAUACCACGGCCCCUGCACCCGCCACCCCCACCCCCGGUCCAGCCACCACAGCACCCCAGGGCAGAGCAGCGGGAGCAGGAGCGGGCAGUGCGGGAACAGUGGGCAGAGCGAGAACGGGAAAUGGAGCGGCGGGAGCGGACUCGAUCAGAGCGCGAAUGGGAUCGGGACAAAGUUCGAGAAGAGCCCCGUUCGCGAUCAAGGUCCCGUGACCGCCGCCGCAAGGAACGUGCGAAGUCUAAAGAAAAGAAGAGUGAGAAGAAAGAGAAAGCCCAGGAGGAACCACCUGCCAAGCUGCUGGACGACCUUUUCCGAAAGACCAAGGCAGCUCCCUGUAUCUAUUGGCUCCCACUGACUGACAGCCAGAUAGUUCAGAAGGAGGCAGAGCGGGCUGAACGAGCCAAGGAGCGGGAGAAGCGGCGAAAGGAACAAGAAGAAGAAGAGCAAAAGGAGCGGGAGAAGGAAGCCGAGCGGGAACGGAACCGACAGCUGGAGCGAGAGAAACGUCGAGAGCACAGCCGGGAGAGGGACCGGGAGAGAGAGAGAGAAAGGGAGCGGGACAGGGGGGACCGAGAUCGGGAUAGGGAAAGGGACCGAGAACGAGGCAGGGAAAGGGAUCGCAGGGACACCAAGCGACACAGCAGAAGCCGGAGUCGGAGCACACCUGUGCGGGACCGGGGUGGGCGCCGCUAGCUGGGAAAACACUAGAGCUGCAGGUACCAGCCACUUGGCCCCAGGGGGUUAUGGUCACAGAUGGAUAGGUACAGUCUCCACCACCCUGGAGCCAAGAGUCUUUAACACCACCUGUCCUUGCACACAUACCAAAUGGAACAGUGGCCAUCCUUCCCCCACCCCCAAACACACCACCUUAACCUAUCUCUUGGGACUUGGCCCGCCCCUCCCUCUCAUUUCCCAUUAAGUCUGAGAGGCAGGAGCUAGGUUAGGCUAGGUGGUGGUUGGCCAGAGAUGGGAAACAGCCAGGUGCCCUAGUCCUUUGAUUUUUCCUCCAUCCUGCUUACUGCCUCCCUGGGUACAGCCUUCUCUUGGGAACAGCCGGGGCCAGGACUGGGUCACCUAUGAGCUGAAUCAGCAUCUCCUCCUGAGUCCCAGGGCCCCUGCAGUUCCCAGUCUCUUUGGUCCUGCAGCCCUUGCCUCUCCCACAGGUUCCACUUUAUAUCCACCUUUUCCUUUUGUUCAAUUUUUAUUUUUAUUUUUUUUAUUAUUAAAUGAUGUGGUCUAUGAAAACAAAUAAAAAUCUGACUUAGUUUUAAA